GUUCUUUUUUAUGUUCGAAGCGAAAAAUUGACUAACUCCAGCUUUCAUGUGCAUUAUCAAGGUGGCGAAACCGAGCGAGUCAGAUGAUAUUAAGAGGUUCUUCUCUGCGGGAGAGGAGGAGGAAGAAGAAGAAGCGGGAUCCACCGCCCAAACAGCUUAUGUAACGGUCGCGGCCGCUCAAACAGCUGAUGUAAAGGUCGCGGCUUAUAAGUCAUCGGCGCCGCCGGUCGUUGGGCUGCUAUCUAGAUUUGGUGGGGAGCAGGAGAUGUCGGUUAUAGUAUCGGCUUUAACACGUGUUGUUACCGGCAGUGAGCAGCCGGCGGGGGUUCCGUUGUCGUCGGCGCCGUCGUCGUCAUUCAUCUCAAGAUGCGGUAGCGGGAUUAAGAGAGAGAGGGAGGAGCUCAUGAGUCCGAAGCUUGCGAGGCAUUACACAGGCUUCUUAGCAGGGGAGUCUUCUUCGAGUUCUGCAGCACAGAAGCGUAGUCCGCAUAGCUUUCCACCAACAGGACAAUCCCCUGUUCCAUCAACUCCGGCGACACUGCAUGAAGAACCAAAAGCACCCCCCGACGCCGAGAAAGAAGUUCACCGGAGAUACAGAGGUGUCCGGCAACGGCCAUGGGGGAAAUGGGCGGCGGAGAUUCGAGAUCCACACAAGGCGGCCCGCGUCUGGCUCGGCACUUUUGAAACAGCUGAGGCCGCCGCCAGAGCAUACGACGAGGCGGCGCUCCGCUUCCGAGGAAACAGAGCAAAACUCAACUUUCCUGAAGCUGUCGAGCUCCGGCAGCCUAUCAAUGUAUCUCCGGCGAUCCGGUUGCCGGAAUCUGGUCCUCCAGCUCGAAUGUCAGGGUCUUGGCCGUCGCCACGUUCCCAAACAAUGGACGUUACUAGAGACUACGUGGAGUACUCAAGAUUGUUGCAGGGAACAGGGGAGUAUCAGGGGAUGCCUCCCACAGCGUUAUUGGAUCAGUUGAUGUAUUCGAGCUCAUCCAUGGCGUCGACUUCUCAUACGUCUUCGUCUUUCGGUUCUCAUUCGUUGACGAGAGGUUCGAGUUCGGUGUCUUCAUCGCCGUUUCCGAUGGCUCCAUCUUACUCGCCUGCGUCAGAAGCAGGACAGCACAUGAGUAUUUUCUGGCCACCGGGCGGUGGCGGUAGUGGGUCGCCGUCGCCGCCGUGGACGGAAUCCAGCAGGGAUCCACCUUCUCGUUCUGGAUAGAGUUACAAAAAAAAAAGAUUUUUUCUGACGAAAUAGAUAAUUUUUUGGGAAUAUUUAUCAGAUACAUGUAUUCAAUUUGGAUUUUUAUUUAUUUUAUAAACGUUUUGUAAUUGAAUGUAUUGGUGAUGAAGUGUUUUUUUUUUUUUUUUGGUUGAAGAUUAGUGAUGAAGUUAGGUUAGAAAAGGAUUGGGUAGGUUCAUUUGAUCACCUGGCAUUUUUUAAUAAGUUCGUUGACCGAAAAGAGUUUUGGAUAGGUGUUGACCGGUUGUUUGGAGAAGGCAGUUGGUGUUUUAAACGAAUUAAAUAUUGUACUUGUCGUGAUUUACUUGACA